AUGAAUUGUCCUAAUAAAAAGUUAUUAGAAAUGUUAAAAUUUUAAGAAAUUUCUUGCCUUGGGUUAGUUUUCGUUUAUAUACGUUUCAAAUAAAACUGCUGUGGUUCCAAAAGAAAAUCAGCGAGUUGCGCCAUUUUAGAUGGUUACAGAAGGAUUGAACCAGUGUGAUGCGUAGAAAAAAAUUCGUUUAUGCAGUUUGCUUUUUUCACCCGAGAAGUCAGCUGUCGUUUUGACUUUGUCUUCGAGAGUGCAGGCGUCGUUGCAGUAUUCUUUGAAAUUUUAAAGACGGUAUUUUUUAAAGACGGUAAAGACGGACUCGUUAUUCUUUAGAAUUUUAAAGACAGUUCUGAAGGGAAAGACAAAAAUAACUGGCAGGUACCAUUCGGAAGCUUUAAAGUUGAAAAGAUCAAGAUGGCAACAAAUGUGUCAGCCUCUCAUGGCCGAGCUGGAGAUGUGUCCAAGAAUACUCCGAUGAUGGUAUCCGCGAAAGCUAUCAGAGUAGGGGCUCAACUGCGAAAGAUGAUCGAAAAAAUUACGAAGCUGGACGAGUCGAAACAGUUGUUUCAAGUUAUCGGCGCUGGAGCUAACUUUAGUUACGCGCAGUUAGCCAACAAACCCAUCGUGAACCGUAUUGCUGGUUUGAGUGAUGAAGAGACAGCGACAUUUGCCGCUUUGGUAUAUGCGUUCUUUGUGGAAGUAGCUCGAAGUCGAACCCAAAACAGCAGCAAGACAUCGUUUUCCGACGAACUGCGUGAAGCAAAGUUUCCUGCUCCGGUGAUUGAAUUCAUAUCCGACGCCGUGUUCGAUUACUCGCAAAAUUCCGCUUCUUUAUACACUAUUGUACCACAAAAUGCAGUAAAUCGAUUGCACCGAUUUACUUGGCGCUUAGAUGUCAUAAUAACAUCUCAUUUGGGAAAGAAAAUUUUGGAGCCAAUCUUUCUGGUGAGAUGCUUGACCACUACCGGAAAGGAUGUCAUUUUUGAAAUUCCUGUCGCUCACUUCCACAGACUUCGCGUUACGAUAUCUACAAUUCUGAACCAGAUGAACGGGUUAAUGUCCCGAAAAGUGCUGAAUUCGUAAAUAACUUGCUGUCAAACUAACGAUACUUGGUUCGUCAGCAUUUAUCGUCUGUGAUUUUUUUGUGAUUAUUGUGAAUUGUCAUUUAUAAAUUUAAUCGAAGGCGACAGUCUUCCUUCCUUCUGUAAAGAAAUAUACGUUUG